UUGGCGUUGUUUAGUCCUCCCCCCGCCCUCUAUUUUCAUGCGAGUGAGUGAGGGCUGGAUUUGGGUAAGUGGGGUGUGUUGGUUGCGUCGGGGAGGAGGAGGAGGAGGAGGAGGAGGAGGAGGAUGCAAAAUUAGGUCGACGCUGCUGCUGCCGUUUGUAGUGACACUUUCAGUGCUGGGUUGGAAGAGUAGGAGGAGAAAGGAGAAAGGAGGAAGAAAGGAGUACUUCAGGAUUGAAGUGGGCUUCAUCGUCAUCGUCCUCUGCCUUCCGUUUUCAUACUCACUCCCAUUCCCCACCCACUCGUGCCGCACGGGAGCAACCUCCAAGGCAGGCAGGCAGGCAGGCAGGCAGGCAGGCAGGCAGAAAGGCCCUUUCGCCAUUGUCUCGUUUGUAUUGUGGCAGUGGUUGUGUUUCAGCCUACUCCUUGUCCUGGAAAUUAUUCUGUAAGGGUUUUGGGUACCGUAGUUUUUAAUUUUCAUUUUCAAUUUUUGAAAAAAGAAAGAAAAAAGGAAAAGAGUCACCCCGAAACUCAGUACAGUCAAGAGUUAGGGUAGGAGUUGUACAGCUCGUUGUCGCUUGGGCUUAGGGUUUGUUCGUAACUAGGAAGUUUUAAUGGAGGAGGAGCAUGAAGUGUAUGGGGGUGACAUACCCGACGAAGUGGAGGGGGAGCUCGAGGGGGACUCUGAUGGAGAUUGCGAGGACCUCCUCCUUAAGGGGGACAUUGGCAUUGAUGAAGCUGCGUCUAAGGAGCUGGAGGAGAUGAAGAAACGUUUGAAGGAGAUGGAGGAAGAGGCCGCUGCUCUACGUGAUAUGCAAGCUAAAGUUGAGAAAGAGAUGGGUGGUAGUCAAGACUCGGCAAUCACAAGUGGAGCCCAGGCUAACCGAGAGGAGGCUGAUGCUCGAUCUGUUUUUGUUGGCAAUGUUGAUUAUUCCUGCACUCCAGAAGAAGUACAACAACACUUUCAGUCAUGUGGCACAGUGAAUCGCGUCACAAUUUUGACCGACAAGUUUGGACAGCCAAAAGGAUUUGCCUACGUGGAGUUCUUGGAAGUAGAAGCAGUUCAAAAUGCAAUACUUCUUAGCGAAUCUGAGUUACAUAACCGUCCACUCAAGGUCACAUCAAAGAGAACAAAUGUACCUGGAAUGAAGGGCUUUCGGGGGCGACCAUACGCCCCUUAUUAUGGGUACCGCCCACGGAGGCCCUUUUCAGCUCCCUAUGGGUAUGCUUCCUAUGGUUCUGGGAAAGUGCCAAGGUUCAGGAGGCCAAUGCGUUACAGGCCUUAUUAUUAGGCAACUUGUGCUAUUGGUACAUUCUAUUUUUGACUGUACAUUGGUCCAUCCACAUGAAGUUUAAGAGAGGAUUUGGGUGGCCAGCGGUCUUAGUUGUCACUCGAGAUCUAAGGAUAGGAUAUGUUGCCUCUCAAAUCGGGUUCAGUCAGAAAGAGAACAACCUCAAAGUUUGGGGAGUUGACAAAUGGUUGAAAUUCACAUGUGUUGGAUUCUUUUUACCCUGGAGGUUGAAUGAUUCUUUAGGCUAUGUGGUUUAGGACACGUAAGUUAUUCUAAAAUGCAUGAGCUCGUGAUUGUGACGAACUCUAUAUUUGUUAAUUGAGUUCUGUGCUUUUCAUUUUUGCA